AUGGAGGCUGGCCACUGCGACCAAAGUGAUGCGAACGGCGCCCUACGCGCGGGCCUGAUAGAACUUCACACCACCGGCGCACUUUGCGACUGGACAUUGAAGUGUGGCAACGCGACAUUCAGAGUACAUCGAACCGUGAUGGCCGCCAACUCGGACUGGUUCCUCAAGGCUUGCAGCGGCGGUUUCAAGGAGGGUAGCAGCGACACUAUCGGAUUACAAGAGGACGACAAUGAAGAUGCCGAAGACCUGAUCAGGAGCAUGAUUCACUUCUGUUACCACGGCCGAUGUGAGGACGACGGGAUCAUGAAACGCCUUACGCACAGUGUCCGUAUGUUCGCAGUCGCCGAGAAGUAUCUCAUCGAGCAGUUACAGGACUUGGCUGCAGACCGCCCGUCCAACCACCUUUUGUUGCGGGGCCGUGAUUACGGCGAAGACAUGGCCAACGCGAUCACAGAAGCAUACACCAAUGUCUCCGACCCGGGAAAUAUCCUACGCGGUACCCUUGUCGACUACGUCGCAACCUACAGCCACCUUAUCUUCGCGGAGCCAAAUAAAUCGGUAGAGUACGCGGCUGUGCGCGAGGCUAUCUGCCAGAUGCCAGAGGCCGCUGCGGAUAUCCUUCGAGCAGUGGCUGGGGCGGACAAGACUAAGGAGAAGGCUGCACACGACUGCCGCGCCACUCGGGAGAAGAGUAUCACGAUGUGGGUGUCGCAACAACAAAAAGAGCUGCAGGAUGAGAUGACGCUGACCUGUCCCAAUUGUGGCGUGACGGAAACAAAGAAGAAGAUUGAGUGGAUGCGGAUGUAG